GCAAUCCGUGGAGGAACGCGCCGCCGAGCCACCAUCAUGCCUGGGCACUUACAGGAAGGCUUCCACUGCGUGGUCACCAACCGACUCGACCAGUUAUUUGACGACGAAUCGGACCCCUUCGAGGUGUUGAAGGCAGCAGAGAACAAGAAAAAAGAAGCUGGCGGGGGCGGCGUUGGGGGCCCUGGGGCCAAGAGCGCAGAUCAGGCCGCAGCCCAGACCAACUCCAACGCGGCGGGCAAACAGCUGCGUAAAGAGUCCCAGAAAGACCGCAAAAACCUGCUGCCCCCCAACGUCGGCGUCGUUGACAAGGAGGAGACGCAGCCGCCUGUGGCGCUUAAGAAAGAAGGAAUAAGACGUGUUGGAAGAAGACCUGAUCAGCAACUUCAGGGUGAAGGGAAGAUAAUUGAUAGGAGACCAGAAAGGCGACCACCUCGUGAAAGACGAUUUGAAAAGCCACUUGAAGAAAAGGGUGAAGAAGGAGAAUUUUCAGUUGAUGGACCGAUUAUUGAGCGGCCUAGCCGAGGCCAUGGUGGUCUUGGAAGAGGUCGAGGAGGUCGUGGACGUGGAAUAGGCCGUGGAGAUGGCUUUGAUUCUCGUGGCAAACGUGAAUUUGAUAGGCAUAGUGGAAGUGAUAGAUCUUCUUUUUCACAUUACAGUGGCCUGAAGCAUGAGGACAAACGUGGAGGUAGCGGAUCUCACAACUGGGGAACUGUCAAAGAUGAAUUAACAGAGUCCCCCAAAUACAUUCAGAAACAAAUAUCUUAUAAUUGCAGUGACUUGGAGCAAUCAAAUGUGACUGAGGAAACACCUGAAGGUGAAGAACAUCCAGUUGUGCACACUGAAAAUAAGGAGAAUGAAGUUGAAGAAGUAAAGGAAGAAGGUCCAAAAGAAAUGACUUUGGAUGAGUGGAAGGCUAUUCAAAACAAGGACCGGGCAAAAGUAGAAUUUAAUAUCCGAAAACCAAAUGAAGGUGCUGAUGGGCAGUGGAAGAAGGAAUUUGUUCUUCAUAAGUCAAAGAGUGAAGAGGCUCAUGCUGAAGACUCAGUUAUGGAUCACCAUUUCCGGAAGCCAGCAAAUGAUAUAACGUCUCAGCUGGAGAUCAAUUUUGGAGACCUUGGCUGCCCAGGACAUGGUGGCAGGGGAGGGCGAGGUGGCCGUGGACGUGGUGGACGUCCAAACCGUGGCAUCAGGACUGACAAGUCAAGUGCUUCUGCUCCUGAUGUGGAUGAACCAGAGGCAUUCCCAGCUCUGGCUUAACUGGAUGCCAUGAGACAGCCCUGGUUCCUUUGUGGACCCUCCUCUUUGAGGCUUGCAUGCUUAAGGAUCCCAAACGACUAAGAAAUUUAAGGAGAAAAAAAAAAAAAAGACUGUCAUUCAUACCAUUCACACCUAAAGACUGAAUUUUAUGUUUUGAAAAUGAAUUGCUACACAGAAGUAACAAUAUGGUAGUCAGUUUUGUAUUUAGAAAUGUAUUGGUAGCAGGGAUGUUUUCAUAAUUUUCAGAGAUUAUGCAUUCUUUAUGAAUACUUUUGUAUUGCUGCUUGCAAAUAUGCAUUUCCAAACUUGAAAUAUAGGUGUGAACAGUGAAAAAAAAAAAAGUACCAAAUGGAAAUCACAGAGCUGAGGAAUACAGUAACUGAAAUGAAAAAUUCAGUAGAGGGGUUCAACAUCUGACUAGAUCAAGCAGAAGAAAUGAUCAACAAACUUGAAAACAGGGCAGUGAAAUUCAUCCAAUCAGAGAAACAAAAAGAAAAAAAGAAUGAAAAAGAGUGACAGUAGGUUUAAGGGACUUAUGGAACAUCAACAAGCAGACAAAUAUAUCCAUUAUAGGGAUCCCAGAAGGCAAAGAAAGAGAGAAAGAGGCA